AGCCAAUGAGCAAACAACUGGUACUGGCACCGUAUUAACAGAAGAGGUGCUCCAAUUCUCAAGGACCCGAAUUUAGAUAAUGAUGGGGUUGAGUUCCUGGUUGAAGGCCUUGGUGCCAUUUUUGGCAAUGGUAGUGGUGGAGAUUCUUUCAGUUGGGUUGACCACACUCAGCAAAGCAGCCAUGUCCAAAGGAAUGAGUCCAUAUGUCUUUGUUGUCUACUCCAAUGCACUUGCCACUCCCAUUUUCCUUCCUUUUCUCAUUUUCCAAAGGACAAAGAGACCACCACUCAGUUUCUCUCUCCUUUGUAAAUUCUUCCUCCUCAGUUCUGUUGGGAUAGCUAUGAUGCAGAAUUGCGUAAUUGUUGGUGUAAACUACAGUUCUCCAACGCUUGCAUCUGCUAUGUGCAGCUUGGUUCCGGCCAUCGCAUUCGUUCUUGCUGUUUUCAUCAGAAUGGAAAAGUUAGACCUGAGAAGCUCAAAAGGCCAGAUCAAAAUCGUUGGCACAAUAUUGUCAAUCUCAGGAGCAUUGACAGUCACCAUUUACAACGGCCCUGCAAUUGUCGUCCCUCAAUCUCAAUCCACUCAUAAUACUAUUUCGGCACCAAAACUAUCUUCCUCCAUGAAUCCGACGGCGGCUAGUAAUUGGAUCAUCGGAGGCCUUCUCCUUGCAACUGCUUAUUUAUGCCUUGCGAUAUGGAACAUUGCUCAGGCGGUGGUACUUAAAGGAUUCCCAUCACAGAAGACCAUACUCUUCUUCUAUUACUUCUUUGGGACCCUUCAAUGUGCAAUUGUUGGUUUUGCUCUUGAAAGAGAUCCAAGUGCAUGGAUAAUCACACCCGAUAUUGAGCUCAUCUCCGUCAUCUAUUCAGCUGUUUUUGGAAAUGCAGUAACUUAUUCUUUGCUAACAUGGUGCAUGCAUAAAAAAGGGCCCGUCUUUGUGGUCAUGUUUAAGCCCUUGGAGAUCGCCAUUGCCGCCUUCAUGAGCACCAUCUUUCUAGGCGACACGCUUUACACUGGAAGUGUUAUCGGAGCAUGUCUGAUCGUCGUAGGUUUCUAUGGGGUAAUAUGGGCACAAUCGGAAGACGGAAAGGUUGAAAACCAUGGAGUUGUUGAUGAGUCACGGUCGCCAUUGCCGUCACCCCGGACCCCUCUUUUGGAAAGCCAGAGCCACGUUUGAACCAACGUAUUUGACUUCUCUGUUCCAAAUCAGCUGAAGAAUAAUAUGGAGAGCCCUUCUUAGCCAUUUGCACCAAAAUCUAGAUAUUAUAUAUGAUCCGAGAUUUUCUUUUCGAUUCUAUCCUUAAGUUGAUAAAACAAAGAACAUAAUUGGUAGAAGUUCGUAGAGCCAUCCCGGCUACAACCAAUGAAUAGAAACUACACAGUAUGAGGGCUGUAAAGUAAAGAUCAUUUUUUUCAAUACUGGUACUACUAAACUACUCAAGAUAUUUAGGACAAGUUAGAUAUACCAUGUUGUAUUAUAUCAUAUUGUAUCGUAUAGUAUUGUAUUAUAUUAUAUGGUAUAAUUUUUAAUAUGCACUUAGGAAUUAAGGUUGCUGCAUUUUGGGAACCGAAAUGAACUGUUGUUACUAAAAUAAAUCAUAUUGUACAAUAGUAGUUUUUAAAGGUGGAGAGUUCUCCAAUCAUAUAAGUUCAUCAUAAAAAGCCAAAUGGUCCUCUGGCAAACCUUAAUACUUGAA